UAACCAAGACCACUGAUUCUGCAUUUCAGCUUAGCGGCAUGCAUUGCAAAAAAAAAAAAAAAAAAAGUAGGAAAUAAGAAAGUGGAAUUCUCCGCACUUUGCCGAGCAUUCUGUUACAUUAGCCGUAGCGUGUGAUGAAGCAGUAGGUUUGUUUCCCAAGUGAUGGUGCACAAUGCAAUCCUCUGAGAGGUUUCCAGGGGGGCUCGAGGCUGGAUGCUCGAGCCUACUGCGCCGCUGGUUCGCGGGGGCACGACAUGCCGGAAGCGUCGAGAAUGGCCGGGUGCAGUCGUGCGAUGCUUCUAGAGUAGCUCACAGCUCACAUGCGUACAGGUCUCGGGGAUGAGUCGGGACGAGCCGUGUCGAGAAGUGACGAGUUCGGCGCAGUAAGCAUUUGGGCCACAUCGAUGGCGGCUUGGCGUUCGCAGACGGCAGAGACACAUCGCGCCACCAAGCCGUGUGCAGCUUGCAUGGCAGUGCGACGGUCAGAAGGCCUGCGGGGUCUCCGCUCGCCGGCAGCACGGGACAGCACGGGGCAGCACGGGCAACACGGGCAACACGGCCAGAAAGCGUGGCUGCAGGGGGGGACAAGGCUAAGGGCGGCAAGAGAGAGCCGCAGCAAAAAGCCGCACUUUAUUGUUUUGGCGGGCGGCGUUGGCGAGAAUGCUUGGUAUGCUUGCGUUGCAUCGCGCAGGAGCCAAGUUGCAUCGCGCAGGAGCCAAGUGGCAAUCCGGAGAGAGUGUGGGUUCUGGGCAGAAUCCGGAGUUUGGCCUGGAGAUUUUGUGGGUCGCGCUGCAUCAUCAGGACAGCGCGCAUCAUCUGCUGCCAUGGUUGGUUGGGGCCGUUAUCCCCUCCUUAGCACUGCAAGUCUUUUCCUUCUUCUCUCGUGGGUGUUGGCGCACCUCUUUCCUUUCUUUACAAGUCGUUCGUGCCUUCCAUGUUUCCAUUUUGUUAUUAUUAUUUUUUCCUAAAACUUUCUUUCUUUCCAUACUUUCGCCCUUUUGCCCUGCCGCGGCUGAAGGGCUGAAGCGGGUGGCCGCCGCUUCCGCCGCCGCCUCAUGCGGCAAUGCUGCUUUGGAUUAGUCCAGGCCGUGACCUAAUGCGACUUUGGGGUGCAACGGCGGGCACUACGUCACCUGGGAUGAAUGG